GGCAGAAUUUAAAAAUGAUGCAGUCGGCAGAGCGUCGGUGCUGAGCGUCAGGAAGAAGCGCACCUACCGUACUCGGUUUUAUUGGUUUGCACGUUUAUUAUUUUAUUUUCUACAUAAACAGAGGUGGAGUUGUGUUAUUGUAGGUCUACAUGGUUUGGGGUUUAGGUGUAUAUAUGUAUUUGUUUAGGUAACAGAGGUCCAGUUGGAGUUUUUAUUCGAAUCGGACAUCAUUUGGAGAUCUUCAUCGCGCUUUCUUUCAUUAAAAAUAAUAAAUAAAACUAAAAAGACAUGAGCGCUGGCAUGGCGAAGGCGGCGAAGCCUUCCUCACAUGGAGACCCCAAGUGCGCUCCUCUGAAGGAGAUCCCGGACAUCCUGGUGGAUCCCCGGAGCAUGAAGCGCUACAUGAGGGGACGCUUCCUGGGGAAAGGCGGCUUCGCGAAGUGCUACGAGAUCACGGAUAUGGACACCAAGGAGGUGUUCGCAGGGAAAGUCGUGCCCAAGUCGCUGCUGAUGAAGCCGCACCAGAAGGAGAAGAUGAGCACUGAGAUCGCCAUCCAUAAGAGCCUGGACAACCCGCAUGUCGUCGGCUUCCAUGGCUUCUUCGAGGACGAUGACUUUGUGUUCGUGGUGCUGGAGAUCUGCAGGAGAAGGUCCCUUCUGGAGCUGCACAAGCGCAGGAAAGCUGUGACGGAACCCGAGGCGAGAUACUUCAUGCGUCAGACCAUCCAAGGCGUCCACUACCUCCACAACAACAGGGUUAUCCACCGUGACCUUAAACUGGGCAACCUGUUCCUCAACGAUGACAUGGAGGUUAAGAUUGGUGACUUCGGUUUGGCCACCAAGAUAGAGUUUGACGGCGAAAGGAAGAAGACGCUGUGUGGAACCCCGAACUACAUCGCCCCCGAGGUGCUGUGCAAAAAAGGCCACAGUUUCGAGGUGGACGUCUGGUCCCUGGGCUGCAUUCUGUACACGCUGCUGGUGGGAAAGCCGCCGUUUGAGACGUCGUGCCUGAAGGAGACGUACGUCCGCAUCAAAAAGAACGAGUACACUAUUCCCAGGCACAUUAACCCUGUGGCUACGUCACUGAUCCGGCGGAUGCUCCAUGCAGACCCCAUGCUCCGCCCCUCCGUCGCUGACCUGCUCUCAGACGAGUUCUUCACCUCGGGUUACGUUCCAUUGAGACUGCCGACGUCCUGCCUUACCGUACCGCCGAGGUUCUCAAUCGCCCCCUCCAGCCUGGAGGCCGGCCUGCCCCGCAAACCUCUCUCCGACCUUAAUAAAGAGCAUGAAAAAAUUGGGAAGGUGGAAGAGCCAUUGAAGGAGGAGCCUCCACAAAGGGACGGAUCAGAGCAGCUCGACUGCCACCUGACGGACAUGCUGCAGCAGCUGACGAGCUUAAACGCGACCAGGCCAUCUGAGAGAGAGUUCAUACGGCAAGAGGAAGCCGAGGACCCGGCCUGCAUCCCCAUCUUCUGGAUCAGCAAAUGGGUCGAUUACUCUGAUAAAUAUGGACUAGGGUAUCAGCUGUGUGAUAACAGCGUCGGAGUUUUGUUCAACGACUCCACCCGCUUGAUCAUGUACGAAGACGGAGACAGUCUGCAGUACAUCGACCGCGCCGGGGCGGAGUCUUACCUGAACGUGCGCUCCUAUCCUGUUGCUCUGUCCAAAAAGAUCACUCUGCUGAAGUAUUUCAGGAACUACAUGAGCGAGCACUUGUUGAAGGCGGGUGCUAACAUAACGCCGCGCGACGGAGACGAGCUCGCACGCCUACCCUACCUGCGACACUGGUUCCGCACGAAGAGCGCCAUCGUGCUCCACCUGAGCAACGGCACGGUGCAGAUCAACUUCUUCCAGGACCACACGAAGCUGAUCCUGUGUCCCCUCAUGGGUGCCGUGACGUACAUUAAUGAGCGGCGUGACUUCUGCACCUAUAAGAUGACUCUGAUCGAGGAGUACGGCUGCUGUAAGGAGCUCGCCUCGCGCCUGCGCUACGCCCGCAGCAUGGUGGAGAAACUCCUGGCCUGCAAAAGCACAACCACCACCACCACGUCCUCCACCCGCUAACUCGACACACCGGACUGUGCACUCGCACACAGCUGAACACUUGGUCAUGAACUCUGACACAUGAACUGAACUUUCCAAACUGUACAAUUUCCUCUUUCUCUCUCUCCUUAAAACUUGUGAUGAGGGAAAGCUCAAUGUGACCACGCUCUUCGUCUGCUGUAUCAUGUACAUUUUGUGUGUAUGGGGUUUUUUUUUUUUUCCUUGUUUUCUUAAAGCCUUUUCCUUUUCAUCUGUCUUUUUUUAUAAAGCUUUUAUGGCUUUACCGGAGAUGGCCACAAGUGUAAUAGAAUUGUAUUACAGUAUAUUCAGUUUAAUAAAGAUCCUUUUUGGUGAAA